UACUGCUAUUACCUGCUCGAACCUUUGUGGUAGUAGCAUAUAGAAUCAAAUGAAUUUUAAUAAUAGAAUGGGAUUUGGGCAAUAUGAUUUCUAAUGGCUCGCUUUACUGAAUGAAAAAAAAAGAAAUGGUCCAUUGGUUCAUGGUUUAACUUUGUUGUUGUACCGACUAACCAACCAGCUAAGUUGACUUGACCUCAUCGCGCUUUGUUUGUGUAUGUUGGUGUUGUACAGUUCAAACAAUCAGAAUUAAUAUGUCUUUGUGUGUGUGUGUAUAAUAGAUCCAUUCCGCGUUAUAUGCAGAAUAAUGAAACUGGAAUUCCGGAACCAUCUAACUUUGAUCCCUCUCAACACUGUGUGUGUGUGCUAGUGAUAGGAUCGAUUGUUUAGAUUCUUUUCGAAUCGAUUUCGUGACCGCCACCACCUCGAUUUCAUUUUUAUAUUUAUUUGGCCAAUUGAAGUUUUGCCUAUACCGAGUGCUUUUUGUGUUUGUGAUCUGCUAUUACCAUUUUGUCCGUCAUUCACUCAGUAUUUGACAUCAUUUGGCUGGUAUAUAUUUGGGUAAAAUGUAUUAUACAUCGGGGACAGCGCCCAACGCGCGCGCCAGAUAUUCAACGAAUUCAUCAUUCAUUGUCGUCGCCUUUGCCACCACUACCACUAUGAACUUUUCAUUAUUCUGCCUACUUCUACAAUAAUUUGUGGUUUGGAAUAAAAAUUGAAUGAAAUUCUCAACUGCUAUCAACUUGUGCUCUUUUAAGUCCUCUGUUUUUUUUCGUGAAAAUUCUGCUUCUUCACUCAAUACUUAAAGAUUCAGGAAGAAUUGUUUUUAUAUUGAAAAAAAGUAGAAGUGCCAUCAAAAAAUUAUAUGUGCAUUGAAAUUCUAGAUCUUUAUGUUGACAUUCAUUCAUUGUUUUGUUCAUUUUUCACUAGUAAAAAAAGAGUUCUUUGACAGUAUUUUCCUCUGAUUCUCAUGCUUACUCGUCCUGUUAUAUACACACACACAUAGCGUCUAUAUAAACUUUAAAUUGAACUUUUUAUAAUCGAAAUAAAAUCCACAACCACUCGAUUAUCAGUCAAAAAAGAUUUUAAUUUUCGAGUGAGAAAGAGAAAGGAAAGAGUAUUCACAAGCUUCAAAAAAAAAAAUCCUUUCAUGCCUCAUAUAUACUCACAAACGAAUCGUGUGUGGCGUUUCUGAUCUCUGCAAGUCAUCAUCAAUAUAUAUACAUCGUCAUCAACAGCAACAACCAGCAAAAAUAAUGAUUGCCAAUCAAUGUAGAAAUAAAACCUAACAGGUUGACACAUAGGUUUAAUAAUCAUCAAUAAAAAAGAAAUUCUUUGCGAUAAUUUAGGAAUUAGGAUUUUUAGUUAAAUUCCAGAUUUAUUUACAACAAAACAACAUCAAACCAUAAUUACCCACAAUUCAUAAAUUGUUAAAUUGUCAAUGAGCGGAAAAAAUUUCAACCGAAAAUGAGCAAUACGGAAACAUCGAUUACUUCAGCUCGUGCUUCGGUUAUGAUUUAUGAUGAUACAAAUAAAAAAUGGUUACCAAGUGGCACAUCCAGUGGCCUUUCUCGCGUUCAUAUUUAUCAUAAUAUACAGAAUAAUUCGUUCAGAGUCGUAGGAAGAAAAAUUCAAGAUCACGAGGUUGUCAUCAAUUGUGCUAUAUUGAAAAAUUUAAAAUAUAAUCAAGCAACUCCCAUAUUUCAUCAAUGGCGUGAAAAUCGUCAGGUUUAUGGCCUAAAUUUCAGCAGUAAAGAUGAGGCCGAUGCAUUUGCUCAUACGAUGAUGAAAGUGAUUGAUCUAUUGAAUCAAAAUACCUAUGGUACGACCAAAUCACAACAACCCUUGUAUGGUCAUAUUGGUCCACCCGAAGAAUAUGGUGAAUUACGACCACAGCAGCAACCACCGCCGCAACAACAACCACCAAUCACACAACCGCAACAACAAAACGGUUGGCAUUCAAAUCAUAUCAACAACAACAAUAGUAAUAACCAAACAUUGGAUCAUCAUGUAGUUGCAGCUACUACCAUACAUCAUCAGACUAUGAUUCAUUCUCAACAUCCUAUAAUGACGGUCAGUGGUGUUGAUGCUCAUAAUCAUCAUGCUGCACCAAUCAUGACACAACAUCAAUCGAUGACUAAUAUCUCGCAACAACCACCGCAGCCCACCUAUAUGAGCAGUGGUCAUCUGAUUCAUCGAAAUUCAAUUCCUACCACGGGAACAAUUGCUCAAGUAGUCCAGCAACAACAUCAAUCGAUGUCUCAAAUGCCCCCACAAUCGAUACCACCACCACCACCUCCUCCACCAUCAUCCACUAUGACAUCGUCAUCAAAUUUACAACCUGCCGCUAAUAAUGUUAUAGUAAUGAAUGGUGGCAACAUUAUCAAUGGCCAAAAUGGAACAACAACGGUUGUGGCCCCACCACCGCCACCACCACCACCUCCUCCACCUUCUAUGGGCGGGGGCAGUGUUUCAAACACCAAUGGAUCUCGAUUACCACCAACAAACGCUGCUGGAACUCAAGUGAUGAAUUCGAUUGCCACCGGUUCAAUGAAUCUUGCGGCAGCCAUCGCCAAUGCUAAAUUAAAACGAACAACAUCUAUUAAAGAAGACGGUAGCAAUAGCGGUGGUGACAAUUCAUCUACUUCGUCAUCAUCAUCAUCGAGUGUUGUAGCCGCUCGUAAUGCUGCACCUGGUAAUUUAAUGGAUGAAAUGGCCAAAACAUUAGCUAGGAGGAGAGCUCAAGCUGAAAGUAAUAGCCAACCACAGAAUCCUCAGGAUGGCAGCAACAAUGAUCGUUUCAAUAACAAAGAUGGAAAUAAAACAUCCAUGGUCAAUGGUUGCAGUCCAUCGAAAGAUGAUUCAAAAGAUUAUCACAAUAGACGAACCGGCAUAUCCAACAAUGAUGAUCAAACAAAAAUUAAUGGCAUCAGUGAUAACGAUAUGGAUCGUUUACGCAUGGAAAUUAUGAAUGAUAUACGUAAAGAAUUGCAAAAGAUUAAAUUGGACAUUAUUGAUGCAUUGAAAAUUGAGCUCAACCGGCGAUGAUUUUUUAUAAUGAAAGUUUCUUUGAAUAAUUUCAUAAAUGUCAAAACUUAUUCGAUUUGCAUACACAGUCACAUUCUUCUUGAUUCAUUGAAUUUUUUUUUCAUUCCUCAUCUGGCCAAUUUAUUUAUUUAAAAUGAAGAUGAAUUUCAAUAAUCGAUAAAGAACUGAAAAUCUUAUACAAAUAAAAAGGACAAAAUGUCAAGUGCCACCAUAUACAUCAACACACAAACACACACACUAAUUAAUUAUUCGAUAAAAA